AUGAGGUGGUGCCCGGGCGAUGGGUGCGAUCGUGCGGUCCGGAUCGAAUCGGUGGAGCGGGAAAACUACGACGUGGCGUGCGAUUGUUCGCGCGGCUUCUGCUUUAAGUGCAUGGAUGAGUGCCACCGCCCCGCGGACUGCGAAACGGUGAGGAAGUGGACUAAGCAAAACGAGUCGGAGGAGAACAACAACAAGUGGCUGUUGUCGUACACGAAGCCGUGCCCUGAGUGCGGUCGGAAGAUAGAGAAAAACCACGGCUGCAAUCACAUCACCUGUCGGGACCCGUGCAAGCACAAGUUUUGCUGGCUCUGCCUCACACCCUGGAAAGAAGCACACUAUGACUGCAACAGGUACGAAGAGGACAAGAGUUUGACGAAUACGAGGAAAAAACUGAAGAGGUACUACGAGAGAUGGGCGGCCAACCACAAGUCUAGGGAAAUCGCGGCGAGCAACCUCAAGUGGGCGAAAGACGAGCUUAUUUCGAUUGUAGCCGAAAACAACCAACAACUACCCAGAGAUGGAGUGGAAUUGGUGAUCGAAGCCUUUGAGCUGAUAACGGUAAGCAGGACCGCGUUGAAAUGGAGCUACGCGUACGGGUAUUACAUGCCUUGGCGCGCGAAUUCGGCAAAGUUGGCCUUUUUCUUGUUCUUGCAAGGGCAGGCCGAGCGCGUUCUCGAGACGCUUCACCGUUGUGCUGAGAGGGGGGUUGGAAAGUACUCGAAAACCGAUUUUCAUCUGUACGAAUUUAGGGAUUUUACGGAUGAGCUGAGAGGUUUGACCGAAUUGACGAGGAAUCACUUUGGGGAGUUGGUUCGAGCGGUGGAGAAUAAUCUUUCCAAAGUUACUGAAAUUAAGAAACCUGUCCAAAACCCACCAGCUCCUUCUAAGAGACGGACACGCUAA